CCCGCCGUGGUUUCCUCCCAUCCGCCUCACUCCAUCCUGCCUGGCAGAGGUUAGUCGGGAGAAAGCGAAAAUGUGAUUUAUCCGCGGUUACACAAGCGGUUUUAAUAUUUGCGGUUUCUGUUUCACCGUGUGGAAACUCCGAGCGGCUGAAAGGAGCGUAUGAACCGGAGCGGCCGCUGUGUUUUGGGGGCUUCUCCAGGCGGAGGUUGUCGGACGGGACAGCGGAGCAUCGAUUGAGGACCCCGGGUUAUUCAUCACCCUCCCUUCCCUAAAGAUGCUGCCCUGCCUGCGGAGAGUCCUGCGGCCUGCCUUCUCCCUGACAGCCGAUAGAGGACUGUCCAAAGCCGGACACAGGAGCAGCCACCCACCCGCUGUCCUUCCAGACUCCACGGUGCGGCUCCCUGCGCUUGUUCAUCGAUGCUACCUGGGCACACACCCCCUGAAGGAGCCCGUGGAGCCCCUCAACUCACCCAGCGGAGCGAAGGACUUCAUUUACAGCCUGCAUCCGUCGGAGAGGAGCUGUCUGCUGCGGGAGCUGCACAAGUUCGAGUCCAUAGCCAUUGCUCAAGGGCAGCUGGAAAUUGCACCACCCACUGCAGCCCAGUUGAGAUACGUGCUGCUGCAUAACGCUCUUCCCUUUGUCGGGUUCGGAUUCUUGGACAACUGCAUCAUGAUUGUUGCUGGCACACAGAUUGAGUUAUCCAUCGGUGUGGUUCUUGGAAUUUCAACCAUGGCAGCUGCUGCCCUCGGCAACCUGGUUUCUGAUCUGGCAGGACUGGGGCUGGCUGGUUACGUGGAGGCCUUGGCGUCUCGACUCGGCAUGCAGAUUCCCGACCUGAGCCCAAAGCAGGCGGACAUGUGGCAGACCAGGGUCAGCUGUCACACGGGUAAAGCCAUUGGCGUCGGCAUCGGCUGCAUCCUCGGCAUGUUUCCUCUACUUUUCUUCUCCGAUGAUGAUGAGAAGAAGGACGGACAGAAGGAGAAGAAGGUUGAAACUCCUCCUGCUCCGACAGCCGGCAGCAAAAACUAAAACUGAUUAUUGUUCUGUGAAAACGGGCUUUUCUCCAGACUCUUCCCAUUAAACCAAACUAUUCAGAGGAUUUUACAUAAUAUGUUUGACUAAAGCACAGAAGACUGGUCAUGUGUUCAAUGCUGCUAAAUCAUCCACCAUCAUAAGACCUGCUGAUCUCAUAGGUCUAACCUUUCCUUUGAGUCGGUUCAAUCAAUAAUUACUAAGCACUGACUGUAUAGCAGAAGACGGUAACUUGGCUGACUGAACGUCCAAUGACUGUUCAAAGACGCACUUCAACAUUCAGAUGCAUUUUUUUGUUGUAAACCUGCGUCUAACUUUGCCUCAUGCAUGUACUUUAUUUUUCUGUUCCUUUUAUGCAUUGUUGCAGCUCUCUGUUUUCUAAUCAACAGAUUAUUCUACUACUUACCGGCAAUUAAGAGUUAAACACAUCAUAGAUUUUGUAUAAUUUAUUUAGAGUGUGAUAAAGUGAUGAUGUUUUAUUGACUAGCAUCACUUAACUCAAAUACUCCUAUAUUUAUAUUACCUCCAUCAGCUGAGCAGGAACUGCCUGGAGUAUAACAACACUAACACUUCCUGUACCACAGUAAUAAUGUCAGCUCUGCUGCCCUCUGCUGGACACACAUAGCAGCUAAUCUAGUCUGUUCCUUUGAUCAGUCCUGCUCAUUAUUAACCUGCGCUGUGGGGCUGAUGUCACUUAUUGUUCCCCACAGAUUAAAGUUCACUUAGAGAAAUGUUUAUCUUUUUUUGCUCUUUAUGUACAUCUCGUAUGAAGGCUUUUUAUGAAUUUAUUUCUGUCUUUAAGGUGGAAUUGAAGGAAGUGAUCAAAUUCGGUGCGGUGAAAAAGCAUUUGCCUGCUUAUAGAGUUCUCCAGCUUUUAUUGUCAGAGGUAUUGUCAGAGUAAAAUAAAAGCAGGGAGGGGGUUUAGGG